UAUGUCAACAUUAAGACUAAGAGUGGUGUUUACGGAAGUUUUUUAACAACAUCAUAGUGCUUAUUUCACCAAGAAUAUUACUAAACUAAUAUUCAGCCAUGCCUGCAGUGUUAGAAAGUAUUGAAGUUGAUAACUUCAAAUCAUACAAAGGCCAAUAUACUAUUGGCCCUCUCAAAACCUUUACCGCGGUGAUUGGACCUAAUGGAUCAGGUAAAUCAAACUUCAUGGAUGCCAUCAGUUUUGUUAUGGGAGAAAAGACUUCUUCCUUGAGAGUGAAACGUCUCAGUGACCUGAUCCAUGGUGCAUCAAUUAAUAAACCAGUCGCUAGAACGGCUUCUGUAACGGCUGUGUUCAGGAUGGAAAACGGAUCCGAAAAGAGAUUUACCAGAACUGUAGAGGGGACAUCAUCUGGAUACAGAAUCAACCGAGAAGUUGUAACAACUCAGAAGUACAUGGAGGAUUUAGAAGCAAUUGGUAUUAAUGUGAAAGCCAAAAACUUCCUUGUGUUUCAAGGUGCGGUCGAAUCCAUUGCCAUGAAAAAUCCUAAAGAAAGGACUGUUUUGUUUGAGGAGAUUAGUGGAUCUGGUGUCCUGAAAGCUGAAUAUGAUCGACUGAAAGCUGAAAUGUUAAAAGCUGAAGAAGAAACCAACUACACUUAUUUGAAAAAGAGAGGAGUUGUGGCGGAGAGGAAAGAGGCAAAACUCGAGAAAGAGGAAGCCGAGAAGUAUCAGAGACUAAGAGAAGAGCUUGUUGAGAAAGAAAUUGAGUAUCAACUAUUCAGGCUCUACUACAAUGAAAGCGAUAUAAAACAUUACGAGAACGAAUUGGAAAGGAAAAGACGAGAUGUGGAAAAGUUAGAGAAAAAGAAAGAGAAGGCAGAAGAACAACUGAAAGACAAGAAGAAAGAUCAAGGCAAACUUAACAAGGAGUUGUCAAAAAUUGAGCAAGAAAUUAGAGAAGCGGAAGUGGAGAUUAACAAGAAGAGACCUUCUUUCAUAAAGUCUAAGGAAAGAACGACUCACAUCCAGAAGAAGUUGAACACUGCCAAAAAGUCUCUGGCAGAAGCAAAACAGGCUAACGACGCUCACGAGCGGGACAUACAGGAACUUCAGACGGAACUUGAAGAGGUUGAUGCUCGCAGACAGGAGUAUGAGGACCAAGUAGCUGGAGAGAGUCAGUCACAGGGUAGAGACGUUCAUUUGGAAGAUGCACAGGUUCAGGAGUAUAACAGACUAAAAGUAGAAGCACAGAAACAGUCUGCCCGUUAUCUGCAAGAGCUCGACUCUAUCAACCGAGAGCAGAAAGCGGAACAAGACAAACUGGACAACGAGGCGAGAAUCAGAGGAGAUCUUGACAAUAAGAUCAAGCAGAAAACUCACGAGAAGGAGGAGGCACAGAAACGGGUUGAUAAACUCAUCGAACACAUCAGGACGAGUGAGCAAGCGUUGGAGGACCAGAAGCGGCUGCGGGAAGAACUACAGUCUGACGUUGGAACAUCCAAGGGUCGAGUGCAGGAGUUGCAGAAGGAACUGGAGAACGUGAUGGAACAGCUGGGAGACGCAAAGAUAGACAAGCAUGAAGACUCUCGCCGCAAGAAGAAACAGGAGAUUGUCGAGAACUUCAAGAAGAACUACCCUGGCGUUUAUGACCGGAUGAUCAACAUGUGCCAGCCCAUCAACAAGAAGUACAACGUCGCUGUCACCAAGGUGCUAGGCAAGUAUAUGGAGGCCAUUGUCGUAGACACAGAGAAGACUGCGAGACUGUGUAUUCAGUUUCUCAAAGAACACAUGCUUGAUCCAGAGACAUUCUUGCCCAUCGACUACAUCCAGACCAAGUCUCUGAAGGAGCGUUUGAGGAACAUCAAGGAGCCUAAGAAUGUGAAGCUGUUGUACGAUGUACUGAACUACUCUCCUCCAGACAUCAAGAGAGUGGUUCUGUUUGCUACCAACAACGCUCUGGUCUGUGACACACCAGAAGAUGCCAUGAAGGUGGCAUACGAGAUUGAACCUAUGAACAGAUAUGACGCGGUGGCGUUAGACGGGACCUUCUACCAGAAGUCUGGAAUCAUGUCUGGAGGCAGUCUUGAUCUCGCCAGAAAAGCCAAACGUUGGGACGACAAGCAAAUGUCUCAACUCAAGUCUACCAAGGAAAAACUGACGGAAGAGUUACGAGAGGCGAUGAAGAAGUCUCGUAAAGAGUCGGAACUGAACACCGUUGAGUCUCAGAUCCGAGGAUUGGAAACUCGACUAAAGUACUCAAAAACUGACAAGGAGAAGACAUUGAUGCAAAUCGCUGCAUUAGACGAAGAGUUGCGACAGUUGGAAGCAAAACUGGAGCUAAUAUCUCCAAGAUGCGAAUCUAUCGAGCGAUCCAUGAUGGAACGUGGUCAGCUUAUCCAGGAGAUGAAAGAAAAGAUGAACCGUGUUGAAGAUGAUGUGUUUGAAGAUUUCUGCCGUUCAAUUGGGAUGCAUAACAUCCGACAGUAUGAAGAGCGAGAGCUUCGCAGCCAACAAGAGAGAGCAAAGAAACGGCUUGAGUUUGAGAACCAAAAGAACCGAAUCAUGAACCAGUUGGAGUUUGAGAGGAUGAAGGAUACUAAGAACAACGUACUGAGGUGGGAGCGAGCUGUUUCUGAUGACGAGGAUGAGCUGGAGAGAGCCAAGCAGGCAGAACAGAAGCAGAUGUCAGAGAUAGACAAACUGAUGAAGGAGCUGGAGAAGCACAAGAGUGAACGGCAGACCAAGAAAAUGGAUGUGGACGCCUUUGAGGAACAGAUUGGCAAAGCUCGCAGAGAGGUGGGUGCGAUUGCCAAGGAUAUUCAGGCGGCACAGAAGCUAGUGAACAGCAUUGAGAGCAAGCUUGAGAUGCGUAAGGGAGAGAGACACAGCAUUCUCAUGCACUGCAAGAUGGAGGAUAUCCAAAUCCCCAUGUUGCAUGGUAACAUGGAAGACAUUGUUGCACAAGAUUCUUCUACAAUGGAUGAUAGCAGCUCCACUGUCGCUGCUCAGAUAUACGACCGUGAGGCCAGGAUCUCAAUCGAUUACUCAGGGCUGAAUGAAUCGUACAAGGACUUUGACGAGGAUGAAGUAAAGAAGUACGGUGACAAACUGGCCAAGUCCAUCAGUGAUGCCUCACUCACCCUCCAGAAGAUACAGGCACCUAAUAUGAAGGCGAUGCACAAGCUUGAAAUGGCACGGGAAAAGCUCCAGGAAACCAACGAGGAGUUUGAAAACGCUAGAAGAAGAGCAAAACAAGCGAAGAAGAACUUUGAAAAGAUCAAGAAGGAAAGGCACGACAAGUUUAUGGACUGCUUUGAACAUGUGUCUAAUGAAAUUGACAACAUUUACAAGUCUCUAGCCAAGAACCAAUCGGCCCAAGCGUUCCUUGGUCCGGAGAACCCUGAGGAGCCCUACCUGGAUGGCAUCAACUACAACUGUGUGGCACCAGGCAAGCGGUUCCAGCCCAUGUCUAACCUGUCAGGAGGAGAGAAGACAGUUGCCGCUCUGGCAUUGCUGUUUGCCAUCCACAGCUACCAGCCAGCUCCAUUUUUUGUCCUGGACGAGAUAGACGCUGCUCUUGACAACACCAACAUCGGCAAAGUCGCUUCAUACAUUCACGACAAGACAACGUCUCUCCAGACAAUCGUUAUUUCUCUUAAAGAGGAAUUUUUCAGUCAUGCUGAUGCUCUCAUCGGCAUUUGUCCCAAUGCUGGUGAAUGUUUAAUCAGCAGAGUUAUAACAUUGGACCUUUCACAAUACACCCAAGUACCAAUGACUUAAGAUUAAGGACCUAUCAUUGUCAGGUGUGACACCCAAGAUCAAGUGUAAUGUUUUUUUCCCAAUCAGUUUUAAUAGAGCAUGUUUGUAUUUAUUAAUAAAGUACUUUAUAGUUUA